AUGUCAAGUGGAGGCAUAAUAGGAGGAAAUCUUGAUGGUGAGGAGUCAAAUAAUGAUAUUGAUGACUCGAUUAAGAUAUCACCAGAGCUGGUUACUACCGUGGAGAUAUCCAAUACAUCGAGUCGUAUGACGGUAAACGAUGAUAUAGAUGGAGAUCACAAUGAACACAGGAAAAUACGGCAGCACAGAAAGUUUAAAUAUAAAAGUGCUGAUGAUGACGAUGAGAAUCUAUGUCCUGUGUGUGGAAAGGAUAUAAAGGCAUUACAAGAUAUAGACAGAGUGGAUCAUGUUAAUGAAUGUCUUGAAAGUCAGGAGUUUUCCGGGUCCCCAGACCAAGUAAGGAAGCGAAAUAGGAUGCUGGUGUAUACGAUUCCCAAAGAUGCAGACGUUCUCAAGCUUAAAUUGAAUGAGGAUUCAGAGUGUGUCAUUUGUUUUGAGGAGUUUAAACCAGGCAAUAAGAUAGGGAGACUGGAAUGUCUAUGCUGCUUUCACUACGAGUGCAUUAAAGAUUGGAUCAAUCAUAAGGGACGAUGUGAAUGUCCAGUUCAUAUGAUUCAUUACGAUAUCUAA